CCUCUCUCCUCAUCGCAACUCCACCAAAAAAGCAUCAACCACCAACCUGUACCCCUCCCCCUCUCUCAACUCCCGACUCCCAACGCAGUCGUCCUCCAGAAUUCUCUUUCGGUUGAGCUUCUGAUAUCUGAUCUUUUCUAAUCAAUCUUAUUGUCUUCGACCCCCGCGGUUCACCACAUCUCCUUCCAAAAAAAAUUCAGUCUUCCCCCCCACGGGUGCCUCUCCUUCGAAUCAAAAAGCGCGCUCGAUAUCCGUGACAGGACUCGACUCGACAGCCUCGCAGACUACUUCGUUGCAUUCAAUCACUUCCUCGGCGGAAUUAUACCCACGUCUCCUUGGUUAGAGCGAUACCCUCAUCCCCACAACGAUACUUCACACACAAAAUAGAAGCUACCUUUUCCAUAAAUUUCCAUCAUGGCGACCAACGGUAGCUUCACACAACAGGAUCAGUACAAGAACGCACCCGCAGAGCAGUAUCCAGCUACCUCGGGCGCUGCUGACUCUAAUACUGGAAGCGCGUCGGGCAAUGACUUGUCUAAGGAUGAGGUUGGAUGGUACUUCGUCGAGCAAUACUACACCACCUUAAGCAAAUCUCCUGAGAAGCUUCACGUAAGUCUGAAUGGCAGUAUUCCCUUCAGCGACGAUGCAUGCUAAUGGAAGUAGCUCUUUUAUGGAAAGCGCUCUCAGUUUGUGUCUGGUCUAGAGGCCGAGGUAGCUCCCGUCUCUGUUGGCCGAAGCGUAAGUUUGAGAUUCUUGCUUUAUUGUAGUCAUCGUCUAAUUGUACCAGGCAAUCCAAGAACGCAUCCGCGAACUCGACUUCCAAGACUGCAAGGUUCGUGUCUCCAACGUCGACUCCCAAGCUUCUUUCGACAACAUCGUCAUCCAAGUUAUUGGUGAAACGUCCAACAAGUCUGCUGAGCUUAAGAAAUUCGUGCAAACCUUCGUUCUCGCCCAACAACCUACUGGAUACUUUGUUCUCAACGAUAUCUUCCGAUACAUUAACGAGGAGGGUGAUGAGGAGGUCGUUGAAGCCACCCCAGUUGAAGACGCAGCCGGUCCUCUUGUCGAAGAUGUCGAGAUGCCAAAAGCUCAAACUUCUACCGAGGAGGCAGCUCCAGCCACUCUGAACGCUGAUGUUGUUGAUAAGAAGUUGGAGACUAUUGAGUCUGAGGAAGCUCCUACCCCAUCUACCAAUGGAAUUUCCGAAGAGGCUGUUUCUGCCGAGACCCCAGUCACCGAAUCCAAGGAGGAAGAAUCUACCCCCGAGGCUGCCGAGAAGGCUAUUGAGGAAGAAGUCAAGGAGCCAGAGAAGCCAAAGGAGCCAGUUCCAGCUCCAGCUGUCACUCGCGCUCCUUCUGCCGCCAAACCUGCCGAACCCGUCAAGCCAGCUGCCACAGCCAAGCCAAAGAGUUGGGCCAGUCUGGUUGGUUCAUCAACUCCUAAGCCAGCUGUUCCGGCCUCUGUUACUGCUCCAAAGACUGCUACCCCUCCUGCCCAAGCUCGUGCUGCACCACCCGCUAAGACUGCUCCUGUUCAGGCUCAGCCAACCGAGUCAACCGUCUCAGCUGCUGAAAAAGACAAGGAGAACACCCCUGGUGCUGGCUGGCAAUCUGUUGGUGACACCACCAAGCGACAGAACCGAACACAAUCAAUCUCCCAAGCACCACUCGAAAAGGAAGGUACCAUGGCAUACAUUCGAAACGUUACUGAGAAGCUUAGUCCUGAGGAGCUCCGUGGUGCAUUGGAAUCAUUCGGUAACUUGAUCUACUUCGACAUUAACCGUGGAAAGGUAUGUACAUUCAUGUAAAUUACUCCUGAGACCUUGCUGAAAUUUCUUCAGAACUGUGCCUUUGUUGAGUAUGCCACUCCAGAGGGAUACCAAGCUGCUGCCGCUGCCAACCCACAUCAAAUCGGUGGCGAGAACAUCUUCGUCGAACCACGUAGACCAAAGGCAAACGCCUACGGUGGAAACGGUUACGCUGGCGGACGUGGAGGUGUCAACACUCGAGGAGGUCGUGGCGGAUUCCAAAACGAUCGCCAAGGUGGUCAAGGUGGUAGAGGCAAUUUUGGUCCAGGAAACCGAGGACGUGGUGGUGCUGCAACUUCAAGAGGAGGUCGUGGAGCGUCUCAAGCUACUAACGCAUGAGCCCCCUUUUCUUCCUCUACGCGCAGAGCCUCAAACUCAACAGCAAACACCCUACAAUACUCAACAAUUUCGACACUGUAACAUACUUUGGACCACGGUUAUUUCUUCUUCUUGAGACCCAAGAACUUUGUACUUUACUUGCUAUCUGCCUAUUCUUUUCUUUCCUCCCCCUGCGGCAUUCACUAAUUUUUCAACUUCCGCUGUCUCUUUUUGAAUUUGAGAAGAAAAGUUUUUAGCAACGCAUGUAUCAAGGAUGGAUCGUUCGGAGAUUUUUUUGUCCUUUCGGUUUUUUACAGGGUUUCAUGGGUUACUUGCUUGCUUGGUACGAAUAGUUCACCUGCGGUUGCGUUAGUAUUCAUCUGCAUUUUCAAAGGGAUGCAAUAGGGUGGAUGGACCAAAAAUAUCGUCGCAUUCAGCGGGGAAAAUAUGAUUUUUCAUGGGAAAUGCGAAAGCAUGCUUUAGGGAUGGAUUUAUGAUGUUUGGGACGGUGGAUG